AUGGACAUGAUCGUGAGUCUGCUUGUGCUUGCCGCGUGCUUAGGAUCUAAAGCUGAAUACAGGAACGACGGAGGCUUCGUGCCGAGUUUCCAACGCACAGAGGACCAGCUUGCGGAGCCCUCGGCGAGGGUUGACAAGACUCGGGAAGAGAGAGACAGUCAGCCAGAAAGGACACAGCGUUUCGGGAUCUCCACUUAUGGCACUACAGGGAGUCAGGGUGGAUACGGUAGUACAGCACCCGGUUUGUAUGGUCCCCUCAAAAUCGAUCUGGGCGGAGUUCUGAUCGGAUCCAUAAUAGGAUUUGGAGCUGUCAUAAUCUUGCCGAAGAUUAUCCAAGCUCUAUCCUACAGCUAUGGUGGAGGCUAUGCACGGAGCGUAGACUCCGAUUACUUUCAAUUAUCAGAUAUGUUUAACAAGAUAGAAGACACUUUGAAUCGAAACAACAUAGACUCGUCAGUCUGUAUGCAACGACUUGCCUGCUCCUAUGUUCAGUUAGCUAACGAGAAUAUGAUUACUGGUAAUGCUACGGAUUAUGAUGCGCUGUUAUCUUCAUUGUCCAGUAACUCUCUGGUCCGUCGGAUGCUAGAAGGAACUUCUUUGUACGAGGCAGUGGAAGCCGGGAGAGCUCUGAACACUGACUGUCACGUGCUCUACCAGAAAUGCAAAUUAGAUAAAAAUACUGUUAUAAAAAUGUUAACGCAACUUGUACCUUCGUAGG